AUGGUAAAGGCUAUAAAGGGUACUCUUCUUAAAUGCGAUGCUUCUAUCAAACAAAUCGUUGUCCGCCUUAAUCGCGAACAUAACUUUAUAAUUCAUGAUAUUGAUGAUAAUACUCUCUUUAUUGAUCGCAAAUAUCUAAGUAAAAUAGAAGAAGAAACCGAACGAAUGAUCAACCAUAUAGUAAAAAAGAGCUUCGACUAA